CCGCCCCGCACGCGGCCGUUCGGCGUUUGGAGCGUGGCGGCGCGCGGGCCUGCGCGUUGAGGGGACGGCAGUGGGUCAGGCCUGGUCGCGCGGACCGCCGCCUCGGGCGCUGUGAGGGGCGCGCUGCCAUGCAGGAGCCGGGCAGCACCCCCCGUGCUGCUAUGGAGGAGGUGGGGGCGGGGCUGCAGGGCACCUGGCUGCAGAGGGUGACCCAGGAGUGGCCCCUGGACCCAGCCGCGCAGCCUGCGCCGCCCCUAGCGGUGGUGGCUGUGGAGCGGUACCUGGGCGGGGGUCCCGGAGCAGCUGCCUCGGCCCCCUUCUGCCCCCAGUACCACUACGACGUGACCCUGGCGGACGGCACCUGCCAGCGCCAGUGCUACCUGGUGCCCCCCCUGCACCGCCUGGUGCAGCGCGGUGCCCUGCGGGCCGGCUGCCAGGUGCGAGUCGUGCGCUGCUCCUACCUAUACGAUGAGCGGCAGCUGGGCCGCGGCUUCUUGUGCCUGGAGCAGCUGGAGGUGGUGGGCGACCUCCCGGCUGCAGCCCUGGGCUGGAGGGCGCCACCCGCCGAGAGCUGCCGGCUGCCCCUGAAGGGCGGGAGGAAGCAUUUCCUUCCCCUGUGGAACACCGACGACCCGUACGGCGACCUGUGGGUGGUCGAGCAGCCACCGGGCCAGGUUGACGUUGAGGCAUCCAAAUUAAUCUCCCUUGGUCAUCUGGAAAUGAGCUGGAGAAGCAGAAUUCACUUCCCUCCCUUGCUUGUGAGAGUCAUGCACAAAUCUAGACUAAGGUACUAUGGGAAACCUGACAAAAGCCUGGACGUUCCAUAUCAGGCUUAUUUUGAAGUUGCUGACAGUUCAGGCAUGAUAUCAGUGGUUUUGUGGAAUUCCUUAUGUCCUGAAUGGUAUAACAGUAUAAAGGUUGGCACAGUGCUUCUACUUGAACAGUAUGCUGUCAAAACCAGUUAUGCAUGUAAAACACAGCCAACCCCAAGGGAUUCGCAGAUGAAGAGAUUUGCUACAAUUGAAAUCAGCCUGAAUUUUCGAGAUCCUCCAACUAAAAUUACUGUUAUUCCCGAAUCAGUGGUUAAACCGGAAUGGAGAUUACCUGAAGUUAAAUACCGGUUUAUAACUAGGUCUGAACUGGAUGACUUACCGAACAGUCAUUCCUGUGAUAUAAUUGGCCUUGUGACAUUUGUGGGACGGACUGAACGGACAAAAAAGAAAGGACAUGGUGAAGAUUUUUGGACAAGCCGCUGGGUACAUGUUAUUGAUGGGACCUCACAUCAGCCAUUAAUAAUGGAAUUGUUUGCCACAUCUCAGCCAGAUGUGUUUGAACGUAUUCACCCAAUGAUGUACUUAGUGUGUACACAGAUGAGAGUGGUACGAAACAUCACUGAACAUCCUUUAACCAUUUAUCUUACAACAUCGAAUGAGAGUCAGAUAUUCAUUACAGGGUGGCACAAAGGUCAACCAUAUACAAAGGAUAUCAAAGUGAAAAGCUUUAUUAGGUGGAUUAACACUCAAAACGAAGAUGAUCAUAUGAAAAAAACUGUCAUUGGUGGAUAUUACCCUUUUCCACCAUUGCCAAAUACCUUUCUGGAAUACUGUCAAAACAAAAGAAGUAUAAAUAAAGUUGAAUCAGUCUUGAAAACCAUAAGUGAAAUGGAGAGGGAGCUUGAAGACUUGCACUACAGGGAGCACAGGCGCAUCGCUAUUCAGGGAAUAAUUAGUGUUAUAAGAUAUGUCAGCUGUAGCAGUGCAGCUCAAGAUGCCUCAGGAGUGGAACCAGUUCAGCCACCAUCUAAGACUACUGUAAAGCAUUCUAAGAAGUCCGUAGAGGAUCGUGUUAACAAGGGGAAAGACAGAAAAUGUGAAGACAAAGAAGAUCCCAGUUCACGGUGUGCUCCCCUUGAACAGCAUCACCAUGCAGCUGUGUUAACCAGAAAGAGCGCAGUCAAGAGAAAGAUCAUACAUUGUCUAGACUUUGAACAGAAAAGGGACCUUGCUGUUCCUGUGUCUUCAUGCCCAUAUUUCACAAGAUCUGCAAGGAAAAAAGGCUGCUUGGAUGAAUUUCUCCAAGAAGAUUCUAUGUCUGAAAACGUUAGACUGGCUGUGCCGGAUGCUUCAGAGUCCUGUACUGACAAGGAAGGAACGAAUGACACGCCUGAAAUAGAAGAGAUGGGAAGGACUUGUGAUUCUUGGCAAAGUGAUCUGUGGACACGGGUGAAAGACAGAUUAACAGAACACUUGCAUCACAGCACUGUAUUCCCAGAAAGCAUCCCACAUACAUUUGAUUAUAUGCACCAAGAUUUCCUUUUGCAGCAAUGCAACCUUCAUCCAGCAAAGCAUAAACCAGAAGAAUACAAAACAAAUAUGGAAAGCCAUGAUUUUAGCAGCACUGGCCAUUAUGAAGUGACAAUACUGGGUAUAAACCGUGAUGUAGCUAUUGAUAUUGCAUUCUUACCUCUACUUUGUCCUGAAUAUCCCCAUUUAUUUCAAAUGGAGAAUAUUCAGAAUGAUACAUUAUUAUCCUGUAUGAAUUGCAUCUCUGUGCAGCAGCAGGAGACCACCAUCAAUGAGAGGCCUUGUGACGUUUUUCCACUUUCAGAUGAAAUUGUAAAAGCGGCAACUGACCUAGACAAACAGCGUGUCAUCUGUAUCUUGGACAUUUGUCAUUUGGGUGAAGAUAAAGUAGAAGUCUUUCUGAGCAAAAUCUAUAGGAUAACGGAGCCUGAUGUGGUAACCCCUGUGUAAUCUAAAAAAUAAGUUAUUUUGAUGUUUGUCAGAGUUAAGCAUUAAAAGUAUUAUGAUGUCUUAUGACAGAACGUUUGUAAUGAUAGUCAAACUAUUACAAAGGAAAGCUUGGUCCUUUGUCUCUGAAAGCGUUAGAAAGUGUUACAAACACGGUUGGUUGCUGUUGCUUUUUAAUAUACUGCAUUGGAUGAAUCAACAUCUGUCAGCACCCAACUGACAGAUUUAUUUUUGUUUAUAUGUAUACAUUCGACAAUUAAGCAAACAGACUGGCUGAGUAAUGGAAUAUUGAAACGCAUUCUGUCUGCUUUCAAUGGGACUGGUUUGCACAUAUGCAGCAGAAGAAUUUAGUUUUAAAGCACCCAAGUGAUUGUCCAUAGCUCAUUGGACCCUACCAUCAUUGCUGUGUGGCAGCUUGUGGGCUUGCUCGCGUGCAAUGUUCUCAGUUUAACUCCAGGAGAAGAAGUUGCUGUGACACAAACUGACCAUGUGAAUUGCCCCAUUGCUUGUUGUUUUGGUUUGGUAGAGCCCAAGAAGCUAAUUUGGGUGUGAAACAGAAUUAUGCUUUAUUCUGUGGAAAACAGAUUUUAGAGAGAGGUUGGCUAGCUGGUAGGGAGAAACAUUCCCUGCUGCCAACAACUUUUCUGUGGAUAGACAACUUCGAUCUUCAGUGGUUUCAGUUCUGCUGUCUAAUAUAAAUUACUUUAAAUAAACAAGGAGUGACUUCUCUGUAUUUAGUAUAUUAUAAUCUGGUAACUAGAUGUGCACUUAAUAUGUUGUGAUGGAUAUCUACAUACCUGGGGCACCAGGUCUAAGUUUGAAAAUGUUGUCAGUGUACUUAGAGAAUCAUCCCUGCUACAGGUAUGUGUUACAGUUUUUUAAAAAUCUGCUAACUGUUGUUUGUGAGUAAAAGUUAUUUAGGUAGACCACGUAUCUCUUUUCUUUCUGUUUUGCAUUUUAUAUUUUAAGUACAAGAUAUAAUGUAGGCUCUAGGGCUAAGAAAGAGACUAGCCUCCAAACUGAGCCAUGCAGAUUUUUUUUGUACAGAGUUGCCGUAUUUUGAGUAGUUCUCAUAACCCCCUUUUGAUGCAGUAUAGCCCAGGAAAGUGCUGCAUGGUUCUUAAAGUAUUGUGCUAUUCAAAAAGGCUCAGACCAAAAUAAAAACACAGUGUACUAUAGGUUAGCAAAAAACUAUUUUGUAAAGGCUCCUUUUUGUUUCACUAUUCAUUUCAUACAGUGUUGCUAAUGUUAAGAAACUAAAGUCAUAUCCAUCAUGAAACUCGUUUAAAAUCAAAAUGCUUUGUCAUAUCUCUCAUACCCCUGGAUCACACAGGGCUUUGUAGAACCUCUGCAUAUUGAAGGAAUAAUUUUUUCACUGCUGAAAUAAAGCUACUGCUGAGUUUAAAUGUCACUGGAGCCUUGUGUAUAUUCCCUGCCUGUGUUCCUAACUCUAACUUUUAUUUUACUUUUAUAAAUGUUUCUAAUUUUCAUAGUUGCAGAGAAAACCAAGGAAAUAUGAAUUGAAUACAGACCUGGUGCUGGGAAACCUCUGUGCAGAGUGCCCAAAUUCAUCUUAAUAUGGACUGUUAAUUCUCAAACCUAAAGAUUAAAAUUAUUUCUGGCAUAUUAGAACUUACAAAUGAGGACAGCCAAAAUAAAAUGAAUUAAUUAUCAAAUAAACCAUCACCUAUAUUAUUAUUAUUAAUUUUUGUAGAUAAUUGAAUGAGGCAAUCUUUUUUUUUUAAAUGCAGCUACUGCAUUUAAACUACUGAAAUUACUGCAAUGUUCCAAAAAUUUCCACCACAGCAAUUCACUUUACCAGAGAAUUUAGGCCCAGCUUGUCUCCAGUGAUAUAAAACCUCUGGUAUUGCAGCUGUCCGAAGCAUACACACCAGGUUUUUUUUUUUUUUCCAGAAUAAACUGAAAAGUCAAAUUCUUGUUUUGUUUCUUUUUUCUUUAUUUGCAACAAGUUCAGGUUCUCUGUAUUUUCAUCACCUCCUUUUUCUAACUUUGACCACUCUUAAAAAAACAUUGUUAACCUGUUUCUACAUACAGUUGAGUCCUAUUGAGGCAGUCCCUUUGUGGAAAAAUAUAUACACCUCAACAUGCUUCCCAGUGUAUGUAUCAAUGCAGUUACAAUCAAUAUUUUAUGUGUGGGCUUCGAGGGGAGCGGGUGGCUACCUGUAUCCUCCUUUUUACAGGCAAUAUUCCACCAUCCCAUAUUGGCUUCAAAAGGAGUUGCAAGGAUUUUUUUGGAAAGCAGAAUUGGUGAGAAUCCUCCUGUGUUGGGAAGUAGAAAACAGGAGGUAAGACAAGCCACGCCCCCGAAUGAAUUGAAGGACUAAUCUUAUACACUCCAUAGUUUAGUAGAGAGUCUGGUAUGCUGAUAAACCAGAUAAACCUUCAAAUACGUUUGAAAGGGGACAUGGGAACAUGUGAUGCAAGCAAAGUCUAAUUGUGUGGGUUGUUUUUAAAAACUUCAGCCUUCUACAUCAGAGGUGUGCCCUGUUUUGUGCAACCAGAUCUACGUAGUUAUACCUGUGCAAGUUCAAUAUAGACACGCCCUGGUUCUCAAACAGAAUGACUCAAGACGAGGAAGGACUCCUAAGAAGAGCACAUACUUUGCUUAAUUCUUUCAGGGCACACGGCUAGAAAAACUAAGCAGGAUAUGUCUUUUUAAACUGAAUUUUCUCUUGCUCUAUUUUCUAUAUCUCUUUUUAACAAGCCUGCUUAUUUUGACGUGAGAUACCUGUGAGAUAUCCUUGAAGGAAAGAAAAUCUUCUGACCUUUUGUAAAAGAUAUUUGAGAUGGAAUAGGAGCCUACUGGGUUGCUGAUGGACUGCAGUCGCAGCUAGAAUCUGCAUGGAAAUGACAAGAGAGGGUGGACCUUAAGGAGCGGCAGAAGCACAGGACCAAAGGUUACAUACAGUCUUCCAAGUGCUCGGGAGUCCGUGGGUUAUGCAACUAAAAGCAGGUGUGUUAUCUCCCCCUUCCCCAUAUGAGCCAGGUGUAAUAGAGCUGAUGCACUGAGGACUUCAUAGCCAUGGGUGAUGUCAGUUACCGACCUGCGACUGAAAUUUCAAACGACCGAGGGAACCAGAAGACUCAUAAUGGCCAUCGGUAUUUGAAAAUAUCUACAAACAAUAUUAGAUUUUAUGCUUAAAUGAAUAAGCAAUGAAGCAGAAAUGCAGCCCUUCCUGUUUCCUGAUUUUUAUUACUAUUUUAUUUAAAGUUGUAGACUGUUCCAGCGAAUGCUUAUGUGAAUCUGUUCUACUUCAACCCUACGAACAACAGCACUGUGACUGACGAAUGUGAAUGUGGCCUGUAUGGAUUAAACUCUUCUCUGACUAGGGCUCAGGGGCUAGUGGGCAUUCCUAAAUCUGCUGAUCUUCAAGCCUGCGAUUACAACACAGAGUUCACUGUCACAGAAACACCCUGGAUAGCACUGAUCGAAAGAGGCAAUUGCACUUUUGCAGAAGAGAUGAAAUUGGCAACCAGAAGGGGUGCUGAAGCUGUUGUGAUCUACAAUGCCCCAAACUGUGGCAAUUACACCAUCCCCAUGUCACACAUUGGUGAGUACUCCAGCAAUCAACUUGGGGAGCCUGGUUAACUUCUGUCUAUGUUAGGAUGCCAUUAUAGACAGCCAGAGAUGAUAAUACUGAAGUUACUGAUGUGUUAAUCUGCUGUUCUUGUGUUACUUACUUGUUA